GAGGGGAGAGGCUCCGGGCCGAGGCGAGGCGGGGUCGCGGAGAUGUGAAGUGAAGCCCGGGCCAGGGUCGCGGGAACGAGCUCCCGGCGGAAGUGCCGCUGCCAAAGCCGCCCGGGCCGCCCAUCCUCUCCUGGCGGAGCCGUCAGGCGCUGAAAACUACAACUCCCGGCAUGCCCUGAGCCCGACGGCCGCAGACCUGAGGCGGGGUCGGGCGCGUCAGCCGGCAGGCCGGCUGUCCACGGCGGCGCCGGGGACAGGGGCCGCCGCCGCCGCUGCUGCAGCGCGCGGUGUGAGGACGCGUGCCAUGGAGGAGACACCGCCCCCACUGCAAGCCGGCAGCAAGCCGCACCUUGAGAAAUUGACCCUGGGCGUCACUCGCAUCCUGGAAUCUUCCCCAGGUGUGACAGAGGUGAGCAUAAUAGAAAAGCUGCCUGCUGAACGUCAUAUGAUUUCUUCAUGGGAGCAGAAAAACAAUUGUGUGAUGCCUGAGGAUGUGCGAAACUUCUACUUGAUGACCAAUGGUUUCCACAUGACCUGGAGUGUGAAGCUAGAUGACCACAUUAUUCCACUGGGAAGCAUGGUGAUUAACGGCAUUUCAAAACUGACUCAGCUCAUUCAGUCUUCUGUGUACUCACUUCCUAAUGCACCAACUCUGGCAGACCUAGAGGACGAUACUCAAGAAGGAAAUGAAGACCACCGGCUAGAGAAGCCUCACUUUGACUGUCGCAGUGCGAUAUUUGAGCUGGAUUCAUGCAAUGGGAAUGGGAAAGUUUGCCUUGUCUACAAAAACGGGAAACCUGGAUUAGCUCAUGACACUGAGAUAUGGUUCCUGGACAGAGCAUUAUACUGGCACUUUCUCACAGAUACCUUUACUGCCUAUUACCGCCUGCUCAUCACCCACCUGGGCCUGCCCCAGUGGCAGUAUGCCUUUACCAGCUAUGGCAUUAGCCCACAGGCCAAGCAAUGGUUCAGUAUGUACAAACCCAUCACCUACAACACAAGCCUGCUCACAGAAGAGUCCGACACCUUUGUGAACAAGCUGGACCCCAGCAAAGUGUUCAAGAGCAAAAACAAGAUUUUAAUCCCAAAAAAGAAAGGGCCUGUGCCGCCUGCCAGUGGCCAGAAAGGACCUGGGCCCUUAGCUCCUCCUACCUCUAAGCCUUCCACAGGCUGUGGAAACCCUGUCCGAAAAUAGGCAUUCUAUCACCUCAGUAAUAUCCAGACACAACUGGCCCUGUGGCGGCCCCACCCUCGAACAGGUGUUAUCAUUCUCCUAAGAGACCAAAGCCUUAGGCCUUUGCUCCCACUGUCAUUAGCCAGGGGCUGGGACGAUCACACUGAAUUCUCCUCAGGAGUCCCUUCCUCUGUAGGUUGUGACCUCAUCUCCAAAGCCAACGAAGGCUUUCAGAUGUACCUGAGCUUUCUUAUGUCUGUACCCAAUCCUUAACUUCUUAGUAAUAAUUAGAGAGGUCACCCUCCCAAAUAAACCCAUGGUUUGACUCAUUAAGCAUCA